GUGUACGUUGUGUGUGUGUGUGCGUGUUUAAAUGAGUCUGUUUGAAUGAGAGUGGGGAGGGUUCCUGCGUACUGUUGUCCAUUUGUCUUUAGUGCUGCCUGAGUGCUGUCAAGGUGCGGCAGGACCUUCAUGUCAGAUGUGACAAGGGCGUUGGAGGGAGCGUGUUUGAAGGGGGACGUUUGCAAGGUCAGUCUGCUGAACUUCAACAACAGUAACGACACACGGAGAGAGAGUGAGUGAAGAUUUCAUGAUGAAAAGGGUUCCUGUGUUGGCUCUCCUCCUCUGGAUCUGCUUGCUGUUUUAUGUGGGCACCUGGAUUUUUCUAAGCGGUUUUCUUCUAGUGAAAGUAGAAGUGAACCGUAACAGCUCCUGCAAAGACGAGCCCUUCUGCAAGCACGACAGCUCGCACACGGAACACUUCUGCUGGAGCGAGCCGCGGUUCAAGAGGGCAGUGAUCCUGAUCAUUGACGCCUUGCAGUAUGACUUUGCACGCUUUGACCCUGAGAUCAAGGACCCCCGACCCUUUCAGAACAAGCUGAGGGUGUUGAGUGAGGUUGUGGCGUCUCGGCCAGCUCAUGCCAGGCUGUACCCCUUUAGGGCUGACCCACCAACCACCACGAUGCAGCGGAUCAAAGGCUUUACCACCGGCUCGCUGCCCACCUUCGUGGACGUGUGCAGCAACUUCGGCACCAACGCCAUCCAGGAAGACAACCUGAUCCACCAGCUUAGGCAGAAUGGGAAGCGGGUUGUGUUCAUGGGUGAUGACACCUGGGAGAACCUUUUCCCGAACCAGUUCCACCAAUCCCUGCCGUUCCCCUCCUUCAUAGUGAAGGACCUGCACACUGUGGACAAUGGCAUCUUGCAGCAUCUCUACAGCACUGUGGAAAGCAGUGACUGGGAUGUGGUCAUCGCUCACUUCCUGGGGGUGGAUCACUGUGGGCAUCGCUACGGCCCUGACCACCAAGCCAUGGCUGAUAAGCUCACCCAGAUGGACCAGGUUGUCAGGUCUGUGAUCGAGCGGCUCCAGAAUGACACCCUGCUGGUGGUUCUGGGGGACCACGGCAUGACGGACACAGGGGACCACGGUGGGGACAGCCAGAAAGAGACUGACGCGGCCCUCUUCCUCUUCAGCCCCAGCGCGCUCUUCACUGCGGGACAGGAGAAGGCUCUCCAAGAGGUUGUGCCCCAGAUCGACCUGGUCCCCACGCUGGCCCAGCUGCUCGGUAUUCCCAUUCCCUACAGCAACAUUGGGAAAGUGAUGGUGGAGCUGUUUGCACUAGGAUCCCCAGAGGACCAGAGUUCACAGGAGCGCCGACAGGCUGAGGCACUCUGGAUCAAUGCUAAUCAGGUAAACCGUUACCUGGACACCUACUCGCUGGCAAACAAGGACCUUUCUCCCGUGAUACUGGCCCACCUGAAGGACAUGUUCCUGUUGGCUGCCACAGAGUACAAGGCCUUGUUUGGAGGUCCACUUGCAGGUGGACCAGAGCACUCCUCCAGGGUCCAGGCACUCAUUGCCACCUUCCAGCAGUACCUGAACCAGGUCAGGGAGACAUGCCAGGCCUCCUGGGCACGGUUCCACCCACUACGCAUGGCGGCUGGCAUCGCUGUCCUGGUGGCCGCCUGUGCCCUGUGUUUCAUCACCUCUGACUUUGCCGACGUUGUUGGUGCUUCGUACAGGAGGCUGCUGUGGAUCCCUGUAGUCUCUGGCACGGUGGCAGGCGGCGGGGUUUCUCUCUGGCAGUUCAUCACAGGGAGCGAAGUGGAGGUGCUCUCCUCACUCGGCAUGGCGGCUCUCGUGUCUCAGCUGUCUUUCUUUUGGAAUUUCAGCAGAAGGAAAGUCACCAGGGUCUUUGCGCACAAGCCCUCGGAUUUACUCAACGCCACCGCUGAUGCCGCUGAACGGAGACCAGCUCUGACGUGGCCCUCCGUUCCGCUGACGAUCUUCUUCCUCAGAUGUGCCUCCCUCUUUUCGGACAGCUAUGUGGUGGCGGAGGGUCGGGUGGUCACUUUCUUGCUCAGCACCCUGGCCAUUUACAUCCCUGUCCAGCUGAACUGGGCCGGUCGGCUGAUGCUGCCGUUCGAAGCCCAGAAGUUCUCUCCCCAGUGUCUUCCGCCACAGCCCUCUACCCCGGCAGCUUUCUCCUCCUACAAGAAAGAGAGCCUGACCCUCCUGGGCUGCACGGGCUUCCUGGUGGCUUCCCUCUACGCCUCCCACUCUUUCCACGGCUGCCGAGACGAGCAAGGAGACUGCGAGCCGUCUGCUUUCCUGACUCCCCUCUCGGGCUUGCGUGACAUCCAACUGCGGAACUUUCGCUACCUGCUCUCUGUCUCCUCCGUCAUUGCCUGGGUCUGUCUGGUCCGCAGGUGGAUGCGCCACUACGGCAACAUGAACAGCAGGAGCCCAGCUGUCCUCAUGGCCCGCUGCGGCCUACCCUUAGUGGCCACGUUUGUCUGCCUCUACUGGGCCAUGAGCUCUGCGCCGGCCGAGGGCUUUGGGAACCUGCAGGAGGUGGUCAAGCUGGCCUUGCUGGUCUUCCCGAGGGCUGUGUACGUCCUGUUUGGACUGGGGGUGGCGGUCGUCUGCUGGGACCCCCUUACGGUAUUCCUGAAAACCAGGAAGGAGCUGGCGCCCAGCCUGCUGCCCCCAACUUACCGGGCGAGCACUGGGGUGAGUCUGCAGGCAGAGCUCCAGCACCUCAUCCCGCACAUCUACCAGCGCAUGAGGAAGUCGCUGAGGGCUGGGGAGAGAGAGGGCGUGGGGAGGGAGGACGAUGGCCAGCCCACGGUGGAGGCUUACGGUCUGGGCACGGUGUACUCGGCCCCCCUGCUCCUGGUGUUGGCUCUGCUCGGGCUGGUUCUGGCAAUGCUGCACCCUGAGGGACUGAUGCUAUCCUUCAUGCUGCUGCUCCUGCAAGCCUGUGCCGUCCUGCACAUGCACUCUGCAGCCACCUCCCUCUCCACUCUGGGGAGCUGUGCAGGAUGUUUCUCUGUGUCCUGGUCUGCGGUGCUGAUGUGGGGCUUGGCAGCCACCCAGUUCUUCUACUCUACGGGUCACCUGCCCACCUUCCCCUCGAUCCAGUGGAACUCUGCCUUUGUGGGGUUAAGUGAGGUCCACGCUGGGCACCUGGCCCCUGCGCUUUUGGUCACACUCAACACAUUCUCCUCACAGAUCCUCUUCGCAGUGAGCUGCCCCCUGCUGCUGUUGUGGCCCCUGGUCUGCGAGUCGACGAAGGCAGGCAAGCGAGGGAGGAGAGCGGGAGAGGGGGAGGACGGAGAGGAGGCUGUGAUGGAGAUGAGGCUGAGAGAGGACCCAGACAGGUUCUCCACUGCUCUGCUGCAGCUCGGGGCUCGAUACCUCUUCAUACACGGAGCUCAGCUCUUGGCCUCUGUGUGUGCAGCAGCGAUUCUGAGGAGACAUCUGAUGGUUUGGAAGAUUUUUGCACCAAAGUUUAUCUUUGAAGCCUCUGGCUUUGCCGUGACCAGUGUGUGUUUGUUGUUGGGGCUGGCGCUUGUGAUGCGUGUGGACUCUGCAGUGAGUGACUGGUUUAAACGGCUUAUCCCAGAUCACUCCAGGUAGCCUUGGCCCAAGGCACUGGACCAGGAACCGGAGAGGGGCAGCCUGCUGCUGUUCUGAGGAGCGCUGGGAACUCAAAAAAAAAAAAAAAAAAAAAAAAAAAAACAUGCUGGGACAUCAUGCCACUUGGGAAAGACAUUCCUGGAGUGUGUGCAUGAUGAGUGUGUUUUGAACUUGCUUUCCUUUGGCAGUUUGCACAGCUCCAUGGUUGGAAGUAAAGCACUGUAUAACUUCCAUAAGGCCUGGGGGGUAAUAUAGAAAAAGCAUGUGAUUUGCUGAUUCAGCUGGGAACAGACACACAACUGCUCUCAGCAGAGUGUUGAUGGAAGCUCUUUGAGCAGGGCGUACAGCAGGUUUUUAUUUGUCUCAUUCUUUUACGGUUUUAUUUAUUUAUAUUGGGGGACGGGGACUUGCUGGCACAGUACAGUUGAUGCCUCUUUUUUAUUGGAUUCUGUUGGGUCAGGAAGUGUAUUGGCCUGAACAGAAACUGAGUUUGAUCAGCUAGGACAGCUUGCAUUAUCAUUCACUUGCUGUAGUCCAAAACUCUGAAGACAACAAUAAAGAAAAUGAAUAAACUCGAAUGUUGAUUUGGUGAAGGAUAGCAUGUGACAACCAACAAUUCUAAUUCUCACUGGUUUUUAUAUGGUCUGAUUCGAUCUAGUGCUUUUAGCCAUU